AUGAAGUCUGAUUUGGAAGGUCAUGAAGAAGAAAAGCCUACAAAAUGUAAAUGCAAAGUAUGCAAUAGAGAAUUCAAUUCCAUCAAAGCAUUGUAUGGCCAUAUGAGGUCUCAUCCUGAUAGAUCAUGGAAGGGUAUCCAACCUCCAAUCACCAUCGCCUCCUCCUCCUCUUCAUCUUCCUCUUCGCCUCUGCCCUCUUGGUCCUUUACUGCCAAAAGGGGCUGUAAGGGCAUUGGCUGUAUCAGUACUGCUGCUGUUGCUGCCCCCUCCUCCUCUUCCUCCAGAUCUUCCUCUUUAGAAACUGAAGCUAAACUUGAAUCUCGUUUUUCUGAUCCCGAUGUGGUGGAGGAUCAAAGACAGAUCAAGUUCAGAAAACGUAACGUCGACUCCAUGGACAAAAAUGAUGAUAAUAAGCAGUUAUGUUCCAUUGGUGAUCAUAUGAGGUUUGAUUGUGAAACAACAAUGGAGAAAGGAUUAUCAAUCCAACCUCCAACUGCCACUACCACACCAUCAAGCUCUCUUUCUUCUUGUCCAUCGCCUGCUGCUUCUAACAAUAUUGUUGUUGAUUGCCUUAAAUCUUUACCGACCUCUUGGUCUCUCACUGGUCGAAGAGGACGGAAGGGCACCUCCUCCUCCACUACCUCUUCUACUACCACCACCGAUGAUGUUAUCGCUAGUGAUCAACGACUCCACACGAAAAGUUCCACCUCCACCUCUACCUCUACUGCCACCACCGUUGAUGAUCAACAUAAAAUGAAAAGGGUGAAAAUUGAGACUCAUUCUGAUCACGAGAGACUACUGAAAAAGAAAGUGCACUCAAACGAGAAGAAGAAUGGAGCUCUUGAGAAGGAAUAUAAAUGUGAUGUAUGCAGCAAAGUAUUUACAACUUCAAGAGCAUUGGGAGGACAUAAGUCGAGUCAUUACAAACCCAAAAAAACAAAUGAUGCUCCCAUUAAAAAGGAAACUACAACCUCUGAACCGAAGAUUAUUACGAUGUCAUUAGAUUCAUCGACUGAUCAAACCAAUCAAAAGAGAGUGAUGGAUUUUGAUCUCAACAUGCAGCUACCACCAGACGACGAAGAAACAUCCUGA